GUCGCAUUCGCACUUCACUAGAGCUAAAACUGCGACUCCCACCUCACUAACAGACCCGGGACAGGUCCUUGCUUUUCCCUCUUCCUUUUCCCUCCACUCUCGCUCCAUGUCGAAUCCCGAACUCGUCUCACGACGAUACACUGAGCUCUUCCUUCCCGACAGCACUGCAGAGUGCCUGGGAUUUCCACCAUGAACGGCACGCGACGCGAUGCCCCGCCGCAUCAUCACCACAAGAAUGGCGAUGUCCCCGACGCGGGGCUGAGGAGCCUUGAUCACUACAAGAGAGCGCUGCCAAAAUGGAGAUACAAUCUGCGACAACAGGCACUUCCUAUUGUUCGAUGGGAGACGCCAUACCUCGCUGCUCUGCAGAGCAAGCUGCGCACGCCGGCGCUCGACAGCUACUUCGCCAUCACCGCCAACCUCGGCACCCAUACCUUCUUCAUGAUCUUCCUGCCGAUGCUGUUCUGGGGUGGUUAUGCGGCCUUUGCUAAGGGGUUGGUUCACAUCUUGGCGCUGGGUGUCUUCUGGACAGGCUUCGUCAAAGAUUUCUACUCGCUGCCCCGACCACUGUCGCCGCCUCUCAACCGCAUCACCAUGUCUGGAUCUGCAGCGCUCGAAUACGGCUUCCCCUCCACCCACAGCGCCAAUGCCGUUUCCGUUGCCGUCUAUGCCAUUCUGCUCUUGCGCAGCCCCGACAACCCCUUUUCUGAGACGACAAAGCUGCUUCUCGAGAUCCUGUCGUACUUUUAUGGUGUGUCCAUCGUCUUUGGGCGCCUUUACUGCGGCAUGCAUGGCUUCCUGGAUGUUAUAGUUGGAUCUAUAAUGGGGGCUGGCAUCUCUUUGCUGGAAUACUACUUCGGGCCGCCGUUGGAUGCCGCUAUGCAGUCCAGCUCUUGGGUGGCUCCCGCCCUCAUCGGCCUGGUAAUCAUCAUCCUCAUACGAAUCCAUCCCGAACCUGCAGAUGAUUGCCCAUGCUUCGAUGAUAGCGUUGCCUUUGCCGGUGUAGUUAUUGGGCUGGAGGCUGGAACUUGGACCGCUGGAAGAUCUUUCCUAGCUUACGCCGAGGCUAGCAUGGGUGCUUUGCCGUACACAUGGUUGGUUGUCGCGGCGAGGAUGGUGGUUGGAAUCGUCGUCAUCUUUCUUUGGCGCGAAAUCAUGAAGCCCACGCUGCUCAAAGUGCUGCCCCACGUAUUCCGCCUCAUUGAGUCGACCGGAUUUGACCUGCCUCGAAGGUUUUUUACACCAGCCAGCGAGUACAAAUCUGUGCCUCCUGGGUCGCGGCUAGAUACCCUAUUUCCCAAGGCCUCUGAUUUCCCUCGUAUGGUUGAGAGUAUUCGACACCCUACAACUCGAGGACGAGCCGUUUCUGUAGGACCACAGAGCGCAGCAGAUGCAUACGAAACCUUGGCCUAUCGGGAGCGGCAACGAAGGGACAGUAUUGGAAGCAACUCUAGCCUAAAAGGCAAAUCAAACAAUCUGGAUCUUAACGAGGAAGACGAAGAUAAGUCAGGCAAAGGGGCCCAAACUUCUGGGGUUCAAAAGCCAGCAUACAAAGAUGAGCCGUCGAAUGGCCCGAAUGAUGUUCUUGUCAUGCAAGGCGGGGGAGAGAAUGGGAAUCCAGAAAUAUAUCUCACUAUGGAAAAUGAGCGUGAAGAAAAGGAAAUGUUUUCUCAGCUAGUGAGGCCACGAGUGAGAUACGACGUCGAAGUUGUCACAAAACUUGUGACUUGGGCUCCUUUUCCAAUUGCUAUUCCAAGCUUCCCCUCUUCCAAAAUGUCCGACUAUGAGGACGAGAUGGACGUCGAUGGCCCGGCGCCAUCCGCCGAUAUCACGUUUUCGGCUGAGGCAACCAAGGGCAAGAGAAGUGCUGCCAAUCUACCAGUUGAAGCCGAGGACAGCUUGCCAUGGGUUGAAAAGUACCGACCAGUAACGCUCGACGAUGUGUCCGGCCACCAAGACAUCCUCGCCACCAUCAACAAGUUUGUCGAGAUGAACCGCCUUCCUCACCUGCUUCUCUACGGGCCGCCUGGCACAGGUAAAACAUCGACCAUCCUGGCUCUCGCGCGGCGGAUCUACGGCGCUUCCAACAUGCGGCAGAUGGUGCUAGAGCUGAACGCUUCGGACGACAGAGGCAUCGACGUGGUGCGAGAGCAGAUCAAGACGUUUGCUAGCACCAAGCAGAUCUUUUCCAUGGGCGGCGGCGCGGCCAAGUCGAAUUCCAUUGCUGGCUUCAAGCUCAUCAUCCUGGACGAGGCGGAUGCCAUGACCAACACUGCACAGAUGGCUCUACGAAGAAUCAUGGAGAAGUACACGGCGAACACACGGUUUUGCAUCAUUGCCAAUUACGCACACAAGCUUAGCCCUGCGCUGCUAUCUCGGUGUACGAGGUUCAGAUUCAGUCCGCUAAAGGAAGGGGAUAUCAGAGUAUUGGUGGAGAAGGUGGUGGAAGAGGAGAAUGUCAAGAUUCAGGGCGAGGCUGUCGAUGCGCUGGUGAAGCUGAGCAAGGGCGACAUGCGACGGGCACUCAAUGUGCUUCAAGCGUGCCAUGCAUCAAGCACACCGCUGAGGUUAAAGAACGAGCCCAAGCCGCCCGAGAGCGAGAUCAAGCGCGAGACGAUUACGACAGAGACGAUUUACAACUGCAUUGCGGCACCCCAGCCCGAAGCCAUCAAGGAGAUUGUGGAGACGCUCCUGAGCACGCCGGACGUGACGAGCUGCCUCAACACCAUCAACGCCCUGAAGACGACGCAAGGACUGGCGCUGGCCGACAUCAUCACGGCGGUGAUGGAGCAGCUGACAAAGCUGGAGGUCAAUGCAGAGGUCAUGAUUACCUGGCUGGAGGGGCUGGCAGAGAUUGAGCACCGGGUUGCUAGAGGGGCCAGCGAGAUGGCAGCCAUGCUUUCAGCGAGCCCGAGCGAGGCGCCCAACGCUGCGCCGCCCUCGCUGCCGCUGCACGGGGGCGACGUCCACAAGAUCCCGCAGAUCCUCCCCCGAGAGCGCGUCUUCCCGAUCCAGAUUGGCGGAGAGCUCUUUAAGCUGUCUGGCGCAUCUCUGUCAUCAGAUGCGCCGUCCUAUUUUUCGCAAUACUUUCUUUGCCAGAUCAGAGCGGCGGAGCAAAAAGGCGAAGACCCAGCUGCUUCGAUCCGAACGCUCUACAUCGAUCGCGACCCGCAGACCUUUCGAGACAUUGCGCUGCAUUUGCAAGGAUACUAUGUGAUACCACGAGACGGGACGCACUUUGUGCGUCUGUUUGCAGACGCUCAGUUCUAUAACCUCCCCAAGCUCAUCUCUCAACUCAACGAGGAGAGCAUCUUCAUGUCCAUCGGCCACCGCGAAUUCCAGAUCCCUCGCGACGUCCUUAACGACCCUGCCAACUCCCCGAACUACUUCUCUCUCGGCUUUGCCCUCUUUUUCUCUCAACCAAACGACCUCUUCCCCGGUCUCGACCGCGAGGGCCUGAUACGCCCGCCGUCUAUCCUCCCGCCGUCGGUGCCUAAUCGCAACGCCGACACCUUUGCCGAGCUGCUGCGGCUACUGCGCGGGUAUCCGGUCAAUAUUCGCGACGAAAACCAUCGCCAGGAACUCCUACGUGACGCUCGAUAUUUCCACUUCAAAGGCAUAGAGCAGCAGCUCAUUCCCCAUUCCAUAAGCUUCAACCCAUUGCGCCUAAUCGACGAGAUCAUCUUGCGGCUGGAGAAUGUACAAAAGAGCGGCGUCAGUGUCCCACCAGCUGAAGAAGUCAGCGACGGCCAAUCCAUUCCUUCCGGUCGGCACGUCAAUUAUGCUCGCCCAUACGUAGACAGCAAGCCGGCUGAGCUGAUAUUAGAGAUUGGAGAGACAACAACAAUGCUCAAGUUCUCUGCCGAUGGCGUCAAGGCGGAAUUCUUCGGGCGCACGAAAACCAGGGUGGCGAAGCUCCUAGAAGUUGUUGCGACAAAGCUCAGUUUGCCUCUGACUACACAACCAUUAGGCGUCCUCAUGGCGUCCGGGGGCGCCGGCUCACAACCACCCACGCCAGGCCACACCCCGCUCAGCGAGGACCUUGUCCGGGUUGUCUUCGAGGCCGAAUCUUCAGUCACUCUCAACGGCGACGAGUACGACGAGGAUCUCAGCAACUACACGCCUAAAGACCCUCCGAUCGUCACGUCCGACAUUGAGCCCGCCAGAAAUCCUAGGAAGCGCCGUCGAACGGAGGACAGCAUCGAGGACACCGGCAGCGCUCUUCCCGGCGAAGGUCAGGAAUGGGCCGUCAAGACGGGUCAGUUUAGGCUGCGGAUCCAGGAGAGCAGGAGCGGCAAGAGUGCUUUCGAGUGCGUGUUUGUCGCUGUCAAGAUUGACGCCGUGAGCUCGGAGAGGGGCAGGAACAAAAUGAGAAAGUUCCUUGGGGAUUAAAAUUUCUGGUCAUUUUUCUUUUUCUUUCUUUUCAAUUUUUAGAUAUCAAAAAAUUUAGCAAGAGGGAUUAAUCUUUUCACGUGUAUAAUAUAUAUAGUGUUAAUGAGUAUGAGCAAUGGGGUAGGAUAAGGAGUUUCUUUCUUCAAUGGAAAUAUCAAACUCUUGGGGUUUCGUUAAAAAAAAACAUAUAAUGCAGAAAAAUGAUAUGCGCCUAGUUAUGCAUUUGGG